CAAUGUCAUUAUUAUUUACUUUUACUGAAAAUAUAAAUAUAUACGUUAAUUGGCUGAACAAUAUUUUCAUAUAGAAGAAUGUCUGAUGAUUUACUAGCAAAGGAAAGAAAAUUUCACAGAUUGAAUCGAGAAUUGAAAACACAUGACAUAAUGAAGGAAAUUAAUUCUAUUGUACAUACUAGUACCAGUACUAGUAUCAGUAAUGAAUUGUUCAAUGAUGCAAAACAAUUACAUAGUUUUACGAUGAUAGAUGUAAAGACAACUUAUCCAAGAGACAAAACAUUAAAUACACAAGACAAAAAGUCGAGAAAAUCAUCUUCACUCGAGGCUUCUGAGAUCUUAAAUAUAGGAAAUAUUGCGGAUACUGAGAAUUCAUCAAAACAGUACAACAGUUUAGGAAAUAAAGCUAUUAUUGAAUUAUUUAAAAGCAAGAUAGAUAUGUUACACAAAAAAUUACAAAUAAUACAACUUGAUUAUAACAAGAAGUGUGAAUAUUAUAAAGAAUUAGAACUGAAAACUAGGAAGCUUGGUGAAACUCAAGUUAAAUUACAUAGCCGGAUAGGAUUAUUAAGUGAUGCAAUUGUAAAGCUA